AAGCCAAGCUCCCCUGUUAUUUUCUCUCUUUCACUUCAAUCAGUACCCUUUCAUGGCUUCUUCUUCCUCUUCUCCUCCAAUGAAGUAUCAAGUUUUCUUUAGCUUUAGGGGUGAAGACACACGUCUUAACUUCACCUCUCAUCUACACCAAGCUUUGAAGGACAAGGGAUUUGGUGUCUUCUUCGAUGAAGAAGAAUUGGAAAGAGGGGAGCGUAUUUCACCUGCACUUUCUCGAGCAAUUGAAGCAUCGAGACUCUCCAUCAUCGUUUUGUCUAAAGACUACGCUUCUUCAAAAUCAUGCUUGGCUGAACUCUCCGAUAUCAUGGACCGCAAGAAAACUCAUGGUCAAAUUGUCCUUCCCAUCUUUUAUCAUGUUGAUCCCUCUGAAGUUCGGAAUUUUGGUGGCAGUUUCAAAGCAUCCUUUGAUGUCCAUGAAUCAGAUAGGCCUCGUGAUGAAGUGAAGCGAUGGAAAGCUGCCUUUGCUGAAGCCGGUAAAUUAAAAGGGUGGCAUAUAGCUGGAGUCCAAUUUGACAGAUCUGAAACCCAGUACAUUAAUAAUAUUGUUGAAUAUGUAUUAAAUAAGUUGAUGAAUAGUUAUUCUGGAAGUGCUUCUGAAGAAUUUAUCGGAAUAGAUUAUCAGAAAAAGAAGAUUUUGGAGCUGAUUAAGCAAAAUCGAGUAAUAGGACUCUGGGGAAUGGGUGGUAUAGGCAAAACCACUCUUGCUGAGGUUGUUUAUAUGGAAGUCUCUAACCCUUUUGAAAGUUGCUACUUUCUUCAAAAUGUUAGAGAGAAAAUAGAAAAAAAAGGGAAGGAAUCCGUGCGAAACAAAUUUCUAUCCGUACUUUUAAAGGACAAAGAAAUUCGUAUAGACACCCCUUCCAUAGGGUAUCCUUACAAAGAGAGGCUGAACAAUAUACGAGUAAUUGUUGUCCUCGACGACGUUAAUGACUCAGAACAAGUAGACUGGAUGGGUGUUAAACAUUUUGGUGAUGGAAGUAAAAUCAUUCUAACGUCUAGAGAUAGACAAGUGCUUAAGAAUGGAGGAGCGACCCAAAUACAUAAGGUGGAAGAGUUAAAUGAGAAGUAUUCUCUUCAACUUUUUUCUAUUACUGCAUUUAAGCAGUUGAAUCCUUCUGUUGAUUUUCUACAUCUAUCCUACGAGUUUGUAUGGUUAGCCCAUGGCAGUCCACUUGCUCUUAAGAUUUUGGGUGCUAAGCUAUAUUCAAAGUCUAUAGAAGAGUGGAAAAGUGAGGUGGAAAAAGUAAACAAGUUUGAUGAACCCAAAAUUUCACACAUUUUGAAGAGUAGCUUUGAUGGGUUGGAUAAACUACAGAAGGAUAUAUUUCUCGACUUAGUAUGCUUCUUUAAAGGCGAAUCAAAAGAAAAAGUAGAAAAAAUUCUAAGUUGCGUGUAUAAAGGUGCUGUGAGUGGACUAAGCAACUUGCUCGACAAGUGCCUAUUUGACAUCAAUUCUUACGGGCGGAUUUCUAUGCAUGAUAUGCUUGAAAAAAUGGGUAAAGAUAUUGUUGAUCAAGAAUCUAAAUACCCUGAAGAGCGUAAAAGGCUGUGGAAUCCUGAAGACGCGUAUCAAGUGCUCAACAAUAAAGGAACUGAACGAAUUGAAGGAAUAAAGUUCGAAAUGUCUCAUAGUGAUAACCUAAAGUUAAGUCCUACAUGUUUUGAGAGCAUGCCUAAUCUUAGAUAUAUCAAAUUUGAUGUCCCUGAAUUUCUAUCGAGUUGGGCUAAGAGAUCACUUACAAAUGGAGAUAUUGAUAUUGCAUAUCUUCCAAAUGAGUUAAAGUGUCUUCAGUGGGAGUAUUACCCCUUCAAAUCUUUAUCACUAAGUUUUAAUCCAAAGAAUCUUGUAGUGUUGAAAUUAUCAGGGGCCAAUAUGGAACAACUUUGGAAUGAAGAUUUUCAGGAUCUUGUUAAUUUAAGAGAAAUUGACGUUUCUUUUUGCGUGAAGUUAAGGAAGAUACCUAAUCUAUUAGGAGCCAUCAACCUCGAAAGCCUUGACUGUAAGUUGUGUAGAAGUUUGGUCCAACUUCCUGAACUCCCAAAGAUGUUAUAUCACUUAAAUUUAUCAUUGACUAAAAUAGAAGAAGUGCCUGGUUCAAUUGAGCAUCUGGACAGACUUGAAACGUUGUAUUUGAGAUGUUGUCCAAUUGUCAAAUUCCCAAAAAUUCCAAGAAAGGUAUAUUGCUUAGACUUAUCUGAAACUCAAAUUUUAGAAGUGUCCUUUUCUUCAGAGCCUUCAAAUAAUAUUCAACAGUUGAAGAUGACAAAUUCCAAGAGCCUCAAAUUACUCUCAGAGCUUCCAUCAAACCUGAAGUACUUGGAUACACAUGGUUGCAUAUCAUUAGAAAGUGUAUCUUUCACUGAUCGAAAUUUCUAUUCUUUUGAUGGUGAAAGGGACUACACAAUGAUAUUCUCCAAUUGUUUCAGCUUGAAUCAAGAUUCAGUUGAUAACAUCGAGGCAAAUGCCAUGCUUCAAAUUCAAUUCCUAGCGGAGAAAUGGGAAUCAAGAUAUGAUCAUGAGUUCUCGAUUGAUCCCGAACCAAAUUUGUUUUAUUGUUUUCCGGGAAACAAAAUUUCAGCUGAUAGAUUUGAGUAUCAGAGCAUGAAUUCUUCAUUAAGUUUGAAGAUAGCCACAAGGGGGAGUAGUGGGAGAAGAUUAUUAGUUUUUGCUAUAUGUCUUGUGGUCGAUCUCACUGACUGCGAUAGCUUUGGAAAUCUUAAAUUUAUCUGUGAAUAUCAACCGUUAGUCGCUAGUGGUAAUGAUGGUGAAGGUGGUUUUAAAAAGUUCAAAAGUAAAUUAUUUUUCAGGGAAAUUGCUUGGAAGAUUUAUGAGAGCAAGGGUGAUCAUGUUUUCAUUCUAUGUGGGAAGGAUAUGGUUAAAGAAGACCUGAAUUAUGUGGAGGCAUCGUUUCAAUUCUACAUCAAACAUCUCCCAUUCAUUAAGAAUAAAGAAAAACAUAUCAAAGUGAAGAAAUGUGGAGUUCAUGUAAUUUACGUGGAUGCAGAGAGUUACACCAUUACUGAUGUUAUGAGAUAUGAUAAAUCCAACCUCAAUUUUGAUUCCCAAGGAGAUGCUAAUACUAUGGAACCCCAUCACCAUUCAGCUACAGAAACAAGCACAAGGAGAUCAAAGCGGCACAGGGUCGGGUGAUUGGAACUUGGAAAUACAUUUGCUUCUCUAUCACAUCUGAUAACUGCACAAAUAAGUUAUUAGUUAAUCUCUUAUUAUAUCAGAUGCAGAAACAACAAGAAGGGGAUCAAACCGGCACAGGGUCACAGGGCAUUGAUCAUGUUGUUGCUGGCACUAGCAUCCAUGUCGUUGGUCCUGAUGAUGAUGAUGUGGAAGAUCUCGAAGAAGAUGUGCAAUCAGUCAUGAGUAGGAUUGACAAAAGUGGCAAAGUGUUCUACAUGCAGGUAUAAGACAAUGAAAACAUCAUAAGUAAAUAUUCAUGUUAGUGGUAUCGACGUAGGCCCUGUACACAAAUAAGACAUAAUGAAGGGAUUAAACUAAUGCUGAUUGACGGAAGGAGUGGGUACUUGUUUUUGGUGUGAAUCGGUUGAUGAGGAUGUCAAUUACCUGUUUGUUUGUUAAUUGCAGAUUUAUACAGGGUAUCUGGCUAUCUUUUGCACAUUGGUGGAAUGUGGCUUGGGGCGAUUUGUGUAGUGUCGAGGAGUUAUUUAGGUUUUGUUUUUCCCUUUUUUCAUUCUGAAAAUUUGCAAAUUGUGUGGUUAACUUCGUGUUCAGUCGCCUUGUGGAGCACUUGGUUGGGUCGAAAUGAAAAUAUUUUCCAUGAUAAGCGACUAUGGGAGAUUGACGAACUGUUAAAGGGUUUUGUCUGUGUGAAUUAUAUUUCUGUUGCAGUCUCGGGCAGUUCCCUUGCGCUGUUGGCUAUUGAAGGUUUAGAUAGGUGUGAUCUGUUCAAGGCAUGGUGGUAAAUCUUUAAGUUGUUGUGGUUGGCUCGAUUUUUUAAGGAGGUCUUUGGGGAGGAUCCUG